CGGAAUGUCAUCAACAUUUGUUUUUCGACGCUCGUAUAGCCCGGCUGCACCCACGCAGGUCUCAACUCUCCUAAACCAAGCUCAGCCUGAGGCCUGAAAACCCCGGAGACCGUCCCGACGGAUAACUCCCGGCUCUGAAGUCGAUUGACGAGCGUGUCAAAACGUGCGGCGUUUGUGCUGCCAUGUUAUCUCAGAAGCCGUCAAUGAACGUCUGGUCGACUCUGCCGGGGAUCCGCGGUUUGCCGUUGUUUCUGAGUCUAAGCUUACGAUGUUUUUCGCUUGUACACUUCCAGAAGGUAGAAAUUCGCCACGAUCACCCGUAUGCCGCUGCGGACAGUGCGCCGAUUAAAGAACCAUAUCAACAACUCACGGUUCCUCCGCUGCUUCAUUGUCGCGUAGGAAGAAUCGCGUCGAGAGUGCGCUCCGGAGCAUGACCGACGGCACAAUGCCUAUUACGCCCCGCCCCACGCCCACGCAUUCCAGUUUCCAUAAGGAGGUCGUCGAGGAAGACUGCGACGUGAAGAACAUGUAGCGUGAUAUUUUUGGUGUUGUCACGACUAGAAGAUCAAAAGGGGAAACGAGGAAUAAGAAAGUCGCUGUAUGUCCGCAGUCAUGGCAUGUCACAGCAUCCGGGACAGUACAGACGCUGGCCAGCCUUGGAUAGCCUGGGUAAGUGCCGCCUCACGCGGACGAGCGGAUAUGAACCCCGCUUUAUCUCGAGGCCUGACUACGCACGACCCUGUGAGGCUGUUCUGGAGCUUCCUCGAUUGCUAUGAUAGAGCAACCGAAGUCACAAACAGCUGCAUAAGAUUCUAGGGAGAAAGCUGCCGGGGAGAGACUCCCCGCUACUUCAUCCAUUGACUAUUAGCUCUCGUUACCUCCCCGCUUCUUUUCUGCCGCCGGCCUAUAUAGUUUCCCUCGACCUCUUUGAAGCCCUCACCUUUGUCAGGCAGCUUUUCCCAUCCCUUCCUGACGCGUAGGCUCGUCGUUCCUUUUCAAGAUCAGAGCAUGAGCACCAGGCCAUCGGACAACAUUCCCUCAUACACUGUCACCGAUGGUCAUCAGUACCCACCCAACGCUUCCCCGACACUAGUCGCGCCUGUCCCGCGACUCUCAGACGCGUCUAUGCCGAACGUGGACGACGAUGGCGACAAAGAUAGCGGUACUCGGGUCGAGAUUCGAGAGUUCAUGCGCACGCCCAGCCCGACGCCCUCGGAGAAAUACGUCCUCACGCACAAGAGCCGAUCCUGUGAUAUCAAGAAGUACUUCACGCGGGAGAAACUCAGGCAGCCUAAGCACAUACUGACAAUCGCGAUUACGCUCGUGGUGGUUAUCGUAUUGAUCCUGUUCCUGGCUUUUCAGCAGAAAGUCGUGAAUUGGAUGCGUCCAUUUGCGAACUGGAUGCAUGACACCCCAGGCGGAUGGAUCAUCCCGAUUGCGAUCAUGUUCGUUCUAUCCUUCCCCCCUCUCUUCGGCCACGAGAUCAUCGCCGUCCUUUGCGGAGACGUUUGGGGCGUCUGGAUAGGCUUCGGGAUCGUGGCAGCAGGCACCCUCCUUGGCGAGCUUGGCAACUUCUACGCGUUCAAAUAUUGGUGCAUGGCGCGCGGAAAGAAGAUGGAGGAGACGCAGAUGCGCUAUGCCGUCCUCGCGCAGGUCGUUAGAGAGGGCGGGUUCAAAAUACCGGUUAUUAUGCGGCUGAGUGCCAUCCCGGGGCACUUCUUGACGGCGAUAUUCUCGACCCUUGGGAUGAGCGUAUGGACGUUCAUCGCUGCGGCUACUCUCGGACUGCCAAAGCAGCUCGCGGUCGUGUACAUCGGCGUUUCGCAGUCGAGCAGCGGCAGCCACAAGACGGCGCACGCCGUAAAGGCAAUCGUGAUCAUCGCCACUGUCAUAGUCACCCACUUGGCCAUGCUCUACAUCUACAGGAAGAUGGAUGAGGUGAAAGCGGGUGUCGUGUAUAAGAGGAGGAAGGCAAGGCAAGCCAAGAUGCUCGCCGCGUCGGGUUAUCCUCGUCCUGACGGAGCGAUUCCAAUGCCCGUGGAUAUCGACCUAGAGCGAGCGCGUGACGUCGAGUCUCGGUCCGGCAUCAGCAUGCGCACGGCCGUGGCUAAUUCCCAAGCGACGGACCCGUUUGCGACCUCGGGAGAUACCACGGCUAGCACGGCCGCGCUGUCGGCAGGUCCUCAGCGGAUGAGCACUGGCGCGAGAGGGCUGUCAGCUUCAGAGGGCGACGUCCCCUCUCCGGGACGUGCGAGGAGGGCGGCUGAGCGCAGGAACGGGGAGCGCGAGCUCCGACGUUGAGUGAGCGGAACAGGGGAGGACCGACGAACGAAUACAGUCGACACCCUCUUAACCCAUAGCCCUCGGGACAGGCCCAAAUAUAUGGGUUUUGAGGGGUUAUGGGCUACCAGAACUUUAGCGCCUUCUAAGCGCCCUGAUAAGUCCCAGUUAGCGAGGGCUGAACAGGCGUCUACUGACCCUUUGAGGGAGCGCUAUGGGAUUUAGAACACACUAACCUACCCACAACAUGGUCGAAGUGUGGAUGGACACUGGGAGGACACUGGGAAGAAUGUGUCAAGUAUUUUGCGGGUUAUUGAUGAGCGAAAUCUCAGUGUGACCACUAUUACCGUAUGGGUUUUGAGCCCUAGAAGGCUAUGGGUUAUGGGGUAUUGGGGACCUAUGGGUUAUGGGGUCGAAUUCCCCCUUUCCCGACUUGGGAAAGCCAAAACCCUAUGGGUUUUCGGAGUUUAUGGGUUACCAGGGGUAUGGGUUAGGAGGGUGUCGACUGUA